AUGAACAGUAAGGACAUUAGGACGGGGGAUAGAGUACUGUGCAAGGUAGGAGAUUUUCCCCCCUGGCCCGCAGUGGUGGUGCCACAGCGGUUCCUGAGCAAGUUGGUGUACUCAGGCAAGAGAUCGAAAAGCUAUGUGUGCGUAGCGUUUUUCAACGACGAUUCAUAUUACUGGAAGGAGCCGCGACAUCUCACGCUAUUGACGGACAAGAUGUGCACGGAUUGGAUGAAAAAUUCAAAGUCGAAGGACGAGGCGCUGAUCGGGGCCUACCAGCAGGCUAUUGAAUACAAGCGGCUGUUUGAUUUCAUGAAGGAGCGGUUAGUCCAGGAGGAGCGCGAGGAGAUUCUGGAGGACGUGAAGGAUAUACCUGCUGGCGAGGAUCCAUUCGAACCAAAACCGACGACUCGACGCACGGGCAGCACCAAGUCAUCGGUCUCCAGGAAGCGGGCCAGAAGUGUUUCGGCGCCAGGCAACUCAGCUCCGUUGUCUCAUACCGACGGUCUGGGCCCUGCGGGCGACACGAAGGCCGCGCACCCCAUAUUAGCAUCUGCAUCGUCACCGUCAUUCUCCAAGACCUCGUCUUUGAGCAAACGUAGGAAGCUGGACUACGACAAUCGGGUCAGCAUAGCACAGCUGCUGCGCAACAAGUUGCAGCGCAAUUUGGUACAGAGAAACGAACCUCCAUCUGAGAAGGAAUACAAGGAGUCUGAUAGAAUGUUCAGAACGAUAAUAAACAAGCUUUCUAACGAUCCGCCCUUUUUUGACUACAAAGCAUUACGCGUUUCUAAGCUUUACAAGUUACUUAAGGUAAUUGCGCAGGAUGAAAACCUUGCCCGCUAUCAUGAUGAUUGUAACAAAAUCUUAGCGACUUGGGCACCGCUGAUAGUCCAGAUCAAGCAGGAGAAGCAGAUGGCUCAGCAGCUGGAUACUUCCACCACAGACGAUAUCAGUCUUGUAUCCGACGUCAAGGUAGGCGAACAAUCUUCAAAGUCACUAAAUUAG